AUGGAGCCACAAAUCACUGAACAGUUAGCUAUGGAUAUCUAUUCGCUUAUCUAUGAAAUCGGUUGUACUAUUGGUAUGUGGAUCGGCAUAUCUAGAUUACCCAAUGUUAUACAACGGGCAUCGAUGACUGAUUAUCAACUAAUAUAUGGCAUAACAUUACAACAAUUAUCAUAUGCUUAUGCUAUCAAUAAUUUUAUGUCAAUGUUAGGAUCAAUGGGUUUGGUAUCAAGUUAUGUAAAUAAACAAUUAGUUUGUAUGGUUAGUUUGGUAGUAUAUGGCACCUGUAGUGCCUUGUUUGCCAGUCUACCCGCUUAUGGAUGGCUAAUGGCAAUGAUGUCGGUGUCCGGUCUGUUUUACGAAGGUUUCUAUCUAAUGAAAAACUUAUGGCUAAUACAAAUGUGGUCCAAACAGUGCGGCCAAUAUCUGCAGGCAUUGAAUUUUGCCGAUAGUAUGGCCAGUAUAGUGGGACCACUAAUGGUCAGACCGUUUCUAUCGAAUACAAUACAAAACGAUACACACAUUGAUCAUAGAGUGGGCACCGAAUCACAGCUAUAUAUACCGACAAUAAUAACUGGUUCGUUGACUGUCGGGUGCGGCAUAUAUUUAGGUAUAUUUUAUUUUGUAAAACGAUAUGAGCCGAGACCAGUGGAAAGUAAUCAAAAUAAUUUUAAACCGUUUUUAAAAAAAUUAUUAAACCGUUUACGUAUUGAAUUGGCACCCAAUGUCUACCAGUUUAUACAAUUAUUAUUAUGCUCAACAAUAUUGGCACUGUUUUAUGUAUUUCAAUCGCCACAGUAUUAUUUGUCAACAUUUGCACAGUUAUCUCAACUACAUAUGAGUCAACAAUCGGCCGCAUAUUUAGUGUCCGGGUUUUCAAUAGCAUCGGCCGUCAGUCAACUGGUUUGCAUAUUUGUAAUAAAAUACCUGAACGUCAACAUAAUAAUGUAUACAUGUUUGGCACUUAUAGUUAUCGCACAAUUACUAUAUCUAUUUUUUGCCAAUCAUUUACUGUCCGUCAUGUGGACGGCAACCAUACUGUUUGGUAUUGGUUUCGGACCACUAAUUGGUUGUAUAUUGAAUUAUAUGGAAAUCCUAUUUCCCGUAACCGAUAUGGUCGGCAUGUUUUACUCAUUGUAUGACAUGGAUGUGGACUCCACAUUGUGGAGUAACAAAUCACUCAGUAUCACAGAAUAA